CUUAGUUGCUAAACGAGCUAGCAGCUAAUAUCUGACUGCGUUUUAAAGGUGCUAUAAACUCGGUUUUAAAUCAUAUAAACAGACAAGUUGACGGUAGAAGUAAAUUUAGAGAAAACACACAGAAAAGAAAAUAUGGAAUGAAAUCAUCGACCUGUCGGUUUAUGUUGCGUGAAACAGAAGCCAGCUGUGAAGACUGCUAGCUUUAGGCUAAUUCACGUUAGCUUCACAAGCUAGCCGACAUCACCUGACCAGAUUGGGUCAAAAUAAAAGGAAAUCCAAAAUGUCUCAGUGGAUCUGCUGCAACUCCUGCUUUUAUCCACCCUCCUCCGAGCGCAGACUGGCUCUCACGACGUGCGGGCAUGUCAUUUGCAGCCUUUGCCACCACAAAGGUAAACGAGGCGAGUGUUUAAUAUGCGGUGGCCGAUGUCAUGUGUCGCCUCUUACUGACCAAAGCAGCACAGAAGUGAAGGCCCUGUUCUCCAGCAUCGACGUCGUGGCAAGCAAAUAUUUCUCAGAAAUCAGCAAAGUGCACAUGUUCCAGGCAAGACAUCAGAAAAGGCUGCUGACACACUUCCAGAAAAGGAAUGAGAAGCUAGAGGAGGUCCUUGUCAAGAUGAAGCAGCAAAUGCAGCACAUGGCCAAGAAGAUGAACGAACAGAGUGCCUACAUUGCCAAGCUGGAGUAUUCUCUUCAGAGUGCAACAUCAAAGUCUCAGAUGAGCCAAAGCUCCCAAGCCUCACAGGGACGAAAAGGAGGUAAACCCCAGCACCAUCACUCCUCGUCACCAUGCACUGCUCAGCUGGUCCAGAUCCCAUUUAAUUCUCCUGUGUCGCUCUCCAGACAUUCCUCAUCCAGCAACAUUGCUGACAACUUAGAGGGGGAUAAUCGUCGGUUCAGGAAACCUGCCAAUGUCCCCAGACUGUCAUUGGUCAGCCCUCCGCAAAACGGACGCAUGGGCACGGUGUCUCACAGACCAGCCAGCCAGAUAACAUUGGCCAACCACUCCACAUAUUCCGCCACAGUCAGUGGCUGUCAAAGACCACAGACCAGCCCAAAGUUCUCAUCUGGACAACUCUCUGGUUGGAACUCUCCCAUCUUCCAGACGUCCCAGCCUUUCAGAUGCUCGUCUCUGUCCUCCCUGAUGCACCCUCCUCCUUAGCAGGUGGACGUACACGAUCACACUAACUGUCUCUAAGUGGAACUACUUACAUAUUAGUCUGUGUGCUGAGCAUUAUGUGGUGUCUGAGUUGAUUAAAAGUCUAAAGAAAACAACAGAGGUAGUCCAACUAUGCCUAAAUAUAAAUGACAGUGUGCGUUCAUACCAAGGGUUUCCAAACUAUUUCACACUGAAAAGUCAAAACAUGCGGUGGCCAUUUUGAUAUUUUUCAUUCUCAAUAUCUUCAGUGCUCCCCUCUAGUUUGGUCCCAGGGACCUGUAAGUGUCUCAGUCAUGAAAAUGUAAAAAAAUAGGUCAUACAUUAUUUGUGUUAUUUUUUUUUUAUUCCACGCUUACAUCAGUAAAUCAACUUUAGGUAUAUCUAUUGUUAUAAAGUUGUUGUUUUUUUAAAAUGUUUUUACGCUCAAUGUCAAAACCCUGUUUUUUA